AUGGAUGGGUUCGAUGUCAAGCGAGCUCCCCCAGCCUACCUUGCUGUCAAACCAAUUGCAGAUCUCUUUGUCCUCGGUAUGGGGUUGGGAUGGACCAUCAACUAUAUCGGUAUGGUCUAUGUUUCCUUCCGAGACAAGACAUAUAGCAUGGCAAUCAUGCCGCUUUGUUGCAAUAUAGCCUGGGAAAUUGUGUAUGGACUAGUUUACCCUUCGAAAAGCCUCAUCGAGCAGGGAGUAUUCCUCAUUGGCUUGGCGAUCAAUCUGGGAAUCAUAUACGCUGCUAUCAAGCAUUCGCCGAACGAAUGGCACCACGCGCCUCUUGUCCAGCGUCACUUACCGCUGAUAUUCAUCGUGACGAUUGUGGGGUUUCUGACUGGCCAUCUCGCACUCGCAAGCGAGAUCGGUCACUCCCUUGCGUACUCUUGGGGUGCGGUCAUUUGUCAGCUGUUACUGAGUGUGGGAGGCCUUUGCCAACUGCUCAGUCGGGGCAGUGUUCGCGGCGCUUCAUAUACGCUGUGGCUUUCCCGGUUCCUCGGUUCCAGUUGCACGGUGGUUUUCGCCUCCCUGCGUUGGCGUUACUGGCCACAAUCGUUCGCGUGGUUGAAUAGUCCUUUGGUUCUGUGGAGCCUAGCAACUUUCCUUAUUGUCGAUGCCUCGUAUGGGAUUUGCUAUUGGUAUGUUCAACGGUGGGAGCAAGCAUACAUAUCCGGUCAGUAUGUCACACCUACUCCAUGUCAUCAUAUGAUCUGUAUGGCUAUGACAGCAGGGUAGAUUCAUCAUUUCUUAUUAGGCCGCCCAGAAUAGAUAUCAUUUCUCCAGCUCUUCACGACCUUGGCCGGACGGGCGCAGUCCGUACUAACGCCGGACCAACCCCAUGCUAAACAAUACAAUGAUAACUUUACACUAGAUUGGUUUGGCGCCAUUGUGUCCUCCUGGUUAUAAACAUCUCGUAGUCCGGAAAAUACUAUUCUCCGUCGCCACCCGAGUGCGCCAUGUGGUGCCAUUCGCAUAUUCAUCGUCGAGCCGAGUCUUCCAACCCAAGUUUUACAUAGGAUAACCAAAGCGCCAUGAGUCAAUAUGAGACCCGACAGGGCGAUUCAGGUUAAAGCCAACGAAGACAAUAGCAGUGCCUCCGAUGAUUGCUCAACAAUCGUCUCUUCCUGGCGCCAAUUAAUCCGCACGGAUUGAGGAUGCUUGAUAUCGGUACCGGAGCAAAACCGUGGACCAUGAAAAUGACGAUCAGAGCCCUACCCAAC